UAGAACAAGAAGGGAGAGAGUCCACCGUCCGCGCGAAGGAACCCCACGCCAAUCUGUCGCGAUCGGCGAUGCUCUCCCCGACUCCAUUUCUCCCCUUCGUCGCACCGUUCCUCCGCUUCGCUAUGCAAGCCCCGAAUUCUCCGCCAUUGCCGAGUCCCCGAGCUCGAGGAGAUUGAAAGGCAAGGCGACCGAUCCCGCGCCGUCGCCGAUCAUCGUCGCAUGAACCAGCAGAGCAGGAGGGCAGCCAUGAUCACGCGAUCGAAUCUGGCGGAGCAGCUGAGGGAGUACCAGAUUCGAUCGAAGCACAAUUGGGCCACCGUCUCCUUCUUCUCCUCCACUUCCACCCCCUCCUCCUCGUCCAGGGUGGAUGUUGUGGUCUUUGUCAUAUGGGAGCUCAUCAUUUUAGCUUUUUUAGUUUUUUCAGCAGUUUCUUUAUACUUUAGACGAAUCCGAUUUGCUUUUAUCUUGGUAUGCCUCACAGUGCUGCUGCUCUUAUGCAUGAAAAUUGCGAAGAAAAUAAGAUCAGCUAGGAAAAAGAAGCGAAGGAUGCUUCUUCCUUUGUCCAUGUAGACAGGUUACGGAAAAAUAUGCAUGCUCACUUAGUUGUAUAAAGAUGAAAAUCUUAGGCUGUGCCUUCAUCCAUUAUCUUCUUGGCUAGUCGAAUAUGUUGGCAAGGAUCAUACAAGACAUAUGCCUUGGCGCAAACGGAUUGUAAGUGAAGUGCUCCUGUCACUCAAGGGAGAAAUGCUGAUUUUUUGGGUUGAGUUUGGUGAAUUGGUUUUAGGAAUAGUUCUGCUCGUGCUCCUUGUUGGCUAUAUACAAGCAGCCUCAUCAAAUUAUACUUGUACGAGUUUGCUUCAGGAUUUGACUUGAGAUGAUACCUGUGUCGGCACUCGAACUUUAAGGAGCUACCAAGCAAAGAUGUUAAUGAGAUAUUGAUUUUUCCGUGGUC